CACUCUUUUCAUCAUUCAAUAUUUUUUUUUUUUUUGCAUGUCACUUUUAUUCUGGCAUCACGUUUGAUUGCUUUAUCGCGAAAUCUCAAUUUCUUCGCUUUCCCCUCAUCAAUCAGUGCCAAAGAUGAAUACGCUAUGGUAGUUGAUCGUGAAGAAUUGGAAUGUCGUGGCAUGGAUCAUGAAGAUGAAGAAGAAGACGAGGAAGGGAAAAAUGAAUAUGAAAAGGAUGGAUUUGUAGUUGAUGACAUUGAAGAAGAAGAAGAAGAGGAGCAGGAAAGGGACCAAGAAGAGCGUCAGAAGAAGAACAAAAAAAGGACAACAAAGGAGGAGUAUGUCCUUGACGAUGAUGAUUACGAGUUGCUGGAGGACAAUAAUAUCAAUGUUCACCGUCCAAAGACCAAAAAGUUCAAGCGACUCAAGAAGGGUUCCGAUAAUGAGGAACAAGAGUUUUCCGGAAGUGGGCGAACUGCUGAUGAUGAAGGUAUGUGCCAAUUGUGGUUUGUGUUCUUGGUUUGUAAUUUUUCUCCAAAGAACGACUAUAAGAAAUUGAAAUUGUAUGCUGAAAAAUACAUCAAAAAACAAACAUGCUUUUUAGGAACCCAUCUUCAAGACAUUGCUGAAGAGGAGGAGGAUGCUUACACUGGAGAUGAAAUGGCCGACUUCAUUGUGGAUGAAGAAGAAGUUGAUCAGAACGGAGCCCCUGUGAGGAAUAAGAAGCCGAAGUGUGUAAAAAGGCCUAUCUCUUCCUCAGCUUUAGCAGAAGCCCAAGAAAUAAUUGGAAAUGUCGAUGAGUUGCUCGAGGCUCGCAAUCAAACUCGAGAAAAGAAUGAUAAUAGAGAGACUAGGCUUGAAGAUGAAUUUGAGCCUAUUGUUCUUUCUGAGAAAUACAUGACAGAGAGGGAUGGCAGGAUUAGGGAGCUCGAUAUUCCAGAGAGAAUGCAGAUAUCGGAGGAGAGUACUGGUGCUCAUUCACUGGAUGGAAGUAGUAUAGAUGAAGAGAGUCAGUGGAUAGUUAAACAACUUAAACAUGGGGCAAUCCCUUGGAUUCGCAAGAAAGAUUCCAGUUCCCAAAAUAAAGAGGAGCUACCAAUUGACCAGGAUGAUAUUGCCAGAUUUUUGGAACUGCACCACCACCACGUGCAAAAAUUAGAUAUUCCUUUAAUUGCCAUGUAUCGGAAGGAGAAGUGUUCAAGCUUAUUGAAAGACCUAGAGCAACCUGAAGCUGGUGAUGAUAAUUGGGAUAAAAAUAUCAAGACUCCUAUUCUAAAAUGGCACAAGAUACUUUGGGCUCUACAGGACCUGGACAGGAAGUGGUUGCUUCUUCAGAAGCGGAAGAGUGCCCUUCAGUUAUACUACAAUAAUCGGUUUGAAGAAGAGUCUCAUUGUGUAUAUGAUGAGAAAAGACUAAACUUGAAUAGGCUAUUAUUUGAAUCAGUUAUGAGAUCAUUGAAGGAGGCAGAAUCAGAGAGGGAGGUUGACGAUGUUGACUCCAAGUUCAACUUACAUUUUCCACCAGGUGAAGCUGGUGUUGAUGGACAGUACAAAAGGCCAAAAAGGAAGUCAAUGUAUAGCACUUUCAGUAAGGCAGGUCUGUGGGAGGUUGCAAGCAGAUUUGGGUGUAGUUCUGAGCAACUCGGAUUAUGUCUAUCUCUAGUUCAGCUGCAAGAGUUGGAAGAUCCAAAAGAAACACCAGAAGAGGUGGCUUCUAACUUCACUUGUGCUAUGUACGAUACUCUCGAAGAAGCACUUAAAUGUGCUAGGCACAUGGUAUCUGUUGAGAUAAGUUGUGAGUCUAGCAUAAAGAAAUAUGUCCGGAGCUACUUAUUGGUGUCAACCUCUCCAACUGCCGAUGGAAAUAUAACCAUAGAUUCGUUACAUCAGUUUUCUGGGCUGAAGUGGCUGCGAGAGAAGCCCUUGUCUAAAUUUGAGGAUGCCCAAUGGCUCCUUAUACAGAAGGCAGAAGAGGAAAAACUCAUUCAAGUCACUAUCAAGCUUCCUGAAGAGUAUCUUAAUAAGUUGACAGAACAAUUCAGUGAGCUUUAUAUAGUGAGUGUUAGCAGAUCUGCUCAACUGUGGAAUGAACAGAGGAAGCUGAUACUGCACGAUGCAUUUUUUCGAUUUCUUUUACCAUCAAUGGAAAAAGAAGCAAGAGGCAUCUUAGGAAACAAAGCAAAGCAUUGGGUACGUAUGGAAUAUGGGAAAGCCUUCUGGAAUAAGGUUUCUGUCAGGCCUUAUCAACAGAAGGAAAAUGAUCAUAGUUCGGAUGAUGAAGCUGCUACUAGGGUUAUGGCCUGCUCUUGGGGCCCUGGAAAUCCACAAACAACUUUUGUUAUGUUAGAUUCAUCAGGAGAAGUUCAAGAUGUGCUAUACACUGGGUCACUUACUUUAAAAUCGCAGAAUCCCAAUGACCAACAAAGGAAGAAGAAUGACCAAGAACGUGUAUUGAAGUUUAUAACCGAUCACCAACCGCAUGUUAUUGUUUUAGGAGCAGCUAACUUGUCUUGCACUAGGUUAGCAGAAGAAAUAUAUGAGGUUAUUUUUAAGAUGGUCGAGGAAAACCCUGGAGAUGUUGGCCAUGAAAUGGAUGGGCUCAGCGUUGUGUAUGGAGAUGAAGCCCUGCCUCGUCUUUAUGAAAAUUCUCGAAUUUCCUCUGAACAACUUCCUUCACAGAAGCUUGGUAUAGUGAGGCGGGCUGUUGCUCUUGGUCGAUAUCUCCAGAACCCAUUGGCGAUGGUCGCAACAUUAUGUGGGCCCAGAAAGGAAAUAUUAUCAUGGAAACUGAGCCCUUUGGAGAGUUUUCUCAACCCGGAUGAUAAAUUUGGGAUGAUUGAGCAGGUUAUGGUAGAUGUCACCAAUCAGGCUGGAUUAGACAUUAAUUUAGCAAUAAGCCAUGAAUGGUUAUUUGCUCCGUUACAAUUUAUUUCGGGGCUUGGUCCAUGGAAGGCUGCUUCCUUGCAGAGAUCGCUGGUUAGAGCUGGCGCAAUUUUUACCCGGAAGGAUUUUUUGACAGAACAUAAACUUGGUAACAAGGUGUUUCUCAAUGCCGUUGGUUUCUUGCGUGUCCGGCGAAGUGGAUUGGCUGCUAGCAGCAGCCAAUUUAUUGAUUUCCUUGAUGAUACACGCAUUCAUCCAGAAUCAUAUAUUCUUGCACAGGAGUUGGCCAGAGCUGUGUAUGAGGAGGAUGACACAGCUGAUGCAAAUGACGACGACGAUGCACUAGAGAUGGCCAUAGAACAUGCGAGAGAUCGACCUAGUUAUUUGAAAAACCUGGAUGUUGAAGAAUAUGCUCGUGACAACCGUCGUCAAGACAAAAUUGAAACUUUCUAUGAUAUAAAAAGAGAAUUGAUUCAAAGUUUUGAGGAUUGGCGAAAGCAAUAUGAAGAACCAAGUCAGGAUGAGGAAUUCUAUAUGAUUUCAGGUGAGACUGAAGAGACUCUUGCUGAAGGUAAAAUGGUCCAAGUUACAGUUUGCCGAGUGCAAGCCCAGAAAGCAAUAUGUGGGCUUGAAUCGGGAAUGACCGGAAUCCUUAUGAAAGAAGACUAUACUGAUGAAUGGAGAGAUCUAAAUGAGUUGUCUGAUAGGCUACAUGAAGGUGAUCUGCUCACCUGUAAAAUCAAGUCAAUCCAAAAGAACAGGUAUCAAGUCCUCCUUGUUUGUAAAGAUAGUGAAAUGAGAAGUGAUCGGUUACAGAACAACCAGGACCUUGAUCCCAAUUACCAUGAAGACCAGAGCUCCUUACUGAGGGAGCAAGACAAAACUCGGAAAGAAAAGGAGGGUGCAAAGAAGCAUUUCAAGCAAAGGAUGAUUGUUCAUCCACGUUUUCAGAACAUAACUGCAGAUGAAGCAAUGGAGUUCUUGUCGGACAAGGGUCCUGGUGAAAGUAUUUUCCAUCCUAGUUCUCAUGGUCCUUCAUACCUUACUUUGACUCUUAAAAUUCAUGAUGGAGUAUAUGCCCACAAGGAAAUAGUUGAAGGUGGGAAGGAACACAAGGACAUUACAAGCUUACUUCGAAUUGGAAAAACACUAAAAAUUGGAGAAGACACUUUUGAGGAUUUAGACGAGGUUAUGGACCGAUAUUUGGAUCCCUUGGUGACUCGCUUAAAGACUAUGUUAAAUUAUCGCAAGUUCCGGACAGGUACAAAAAGAGAAGUCGAUGAACUUCUGAAGUCAGAAAAGGGAUUGCAUCCCAUGCAGAUAGUGUACAGUUUUGGGGUCUCACAUGAGCAUCCUGGCGGAUUUAUAUUGACUUACAUAAGAAGUACAAAUCCACAUCAUGAGUAUGUUGGUCUUGACACCAAAGGAUUCAGAUUCCGCAAUAGGAUGUUUGAAGAUAUUGACCAACUUGUGGCAUAUUUUCAGAGGCACUGUUAAGAUAGUUAGAAAACUCCAUUGACGAAGCUUGAAGAAGGUUCAGAGGAGUGAGAUGCAGAAAACUGAUUUUUGUAAUUGAAAUUGAUAUUUUGUCAUUGAUAUUGAAUGAAUGAUGAUUACAAGUAUAUAUAAUACUUAAGCUGGUGUGACAACUAUC